UCAUUUUCUAUCCCAAAGAAAAGAGCAGCGAACUGAGUCUGAUCAAUCUUUAAUUUUCAGAAACAAAAAAAAAAGUAUAAUAAUGGGUCUAAUGAAUGGUGUGAACGAUGAUGAGUACGUAAGGCUAUUAGGAGCAUGGCCUAGCCCUUUCGUGCUGAGGACUCGGAUCGCACUUAACCUAAAGCGUGUACCGUACGAGUACCUCGAAGAAGAAGAUACGUUGAAUUCCGAGAGCGUGUUAAACUACAACCCAGUCCAUAAACAAAUCCCCAUCCUCAUCCAUGGAAACAAACCAAUCCGUGAAUCACUCAACAUCGUCAUGUACGUCGAUGAAACUUGGCUCUCCGGUCCUCCGAUACUUCCUUCUGAUCCCUUUGAUCGAGCCGUUGCUCGUUUUUGGGACGUCUACAUCGAUGAACACUGUUUCACAUCAAUCAAUGGAGUAGCGGUAGCAAAAGACGAGGAGGAAAGAAAGACGGCAGUAGCGAAGUUAGAGCUGUGUAUGGCUCUUUUGGAAGAAACGUUUCAAGAAUGCAGCAAAGGAAGAGGCUUCUUUGGAGGAGACCACAUCGGAUUUAUAGAUAUUGGUUUCGGGUCGAUGUUGGGUCCUCUCAAGGUUCUUGAGAAAUUUAUAGGCCUCAAGUUCAUACAUCCAGAGAGCACACCAGGUCUUUUCCAUUGGGCAGAUAGAUUCUACGCACAUGAAGCAGUCAAGCCUGUCAUGCCUGAUAUUGAAAAGCUUGUCGAGUUCGCUAGGCUUAAGUUCAAUACUUCAAUCUUUAAAUAAAGACCAAAGGUUAUAAAAUUUAUUAUUUUGACCGGCAUAUUAUCAUAUGCUUCCAAUAAUCUAAAUCGGGGAAUAAAAUGUAGCCUCGGUUAAUUUUAAGGUAGAGUCAAAAUGUUCUUUUGUUUUUUUUUUCUCUUUCUUACUUCUUUAUAUGUAUCCGAUUUCGAUUGUGGCACGCAAGAAAGUGUAUGUUCUUGGAUUUCAUUAUGCUGUAAAAUUAAUCAAUAAUCUACAAAACAUUUUUCUCGAAA